AUGAGUAACACGCUAAACGCAUCAGUUAACACAGGUGUAUGUGCACGAGACGCCACAACGGCAACUCUGGAUAGAGUUUCGGUUCUAUCUCCCGCCUCGUGUUCAACGCUGCCAGUAUUUACGGCCUGCAGGCAGGGCGGUGCCUUGUGUGCGACGCGGCGGAAGCUGCAGCACCGCCUCUCACAAAUCCCACACCCGCAAAGCAGUGAGACCGCUCUCCAUGCUGGAACACUCGUCGUGGGCGCCUUUGUGUGUGCUAUGCGUUUCUGCUUCCCCUACUGGGAGUACUCCGUGGUUGACCCUUCAGGCGAACACGCAACAGCUGCGGAGGCUGCGGGGCCGCAACACACCACACGUGGAACUGCAACAGUGAUUGCUGCAACAGUGACAACUCCCGAGGGUAAUGCGAGCGAAAAGAGCCCCUCACGGAAAAAGCUCUCGAGCUCGCAUUCUUCAUGUGUUACGAGCGUUCGCAGUGGAAGAAAGGAAGUGUCUCCUGAACACCGCACCUCUGAUCUACCGCUGGGUGUGGAGGGAGAUAACAUGGAAAACAUACCGCCUAGGAGCGGGAUGGACAACUCUUUGGCACGUGCACGCCGCCUCCAGGAAGAGAAUGCCCGUCAGGUGGAGGAAGAUGACGAUGAUGAUGAUGAUGAUGAUGAUGAUGAUAAUGAUGAUAAUGAUGAUGAUGAUGAUGAAGCUGAAGGGUGGCUUAGUCUUCGCAGCUCUAUUUCCGAGGAGCCCCGUCCGUUGGCGAUGCCUGGUAUGCUGUGGAAUCGACGUGCGUUGCUUCAGUCUCCGAAACAUACGCCCGCAUCAUUCUACCGUGGUUCACCCAAGUCAGGAAGGGCAAGCACAGCAGCAGCUGCUUCUGCAACGGCAGUGCGGACGGCGGCGGCCGCCUUAGAUACGCCUGGAGGCGAAGGAGGAAGAAUGGCGGUGGAGGCAUUAUCCUCUUCGCUGGGUUCUGCCUCGACGCAGCACGUGCCACUCCACCCCCGGCAUUCCCGGCAUCACUCUCCCUUUCCGCCCCAUUCUCAUCAGCAGCAUUCCCAUCAGAAACUGCGUCAUACGGAGUUUAGCGAGCGACAAUCUCGACGACCAUCAAUCCACUUGGGUGUCAGCAGCCGUAAGUCGGCGGAAUUGGAGAGCUUCCUUCCCUUUUUUACACUGCGCAGGUUGCUGGCACUUUGCUACGCAUGCGGUACACACGACUCGACGCAUGCGUUGCCACAGUCGACCUCUUUUCCUUCUUCACUGUAUACAGAGCGCUUACUGCCUAUUCUGGCCCUUUACAGCCCACGUAGCCUGACGAGCGAUGACGUGAAAAUGGCGCUGCGUUUACUUAUUGGUCGUGCUGUUUCAGUCUUUCGCGAGCCCGUUGAAGUCCACCCGUGUGGUGGUGUUGGUGAAGACAUACAUCAGCUUGCAUCUGGGGUAGCGGCGGGAUGUGGGAAUGACCUUCAUAGUCUUGCGCUGAUCAAUAUUGGGCUUUUUCUCGCCGCCAUUGCCAGCUCCCACGCUGACAUUUUUCAGGUGGCCGUUAUGCGGCAGGUUUAUCCCAUUCUCUUCUGUGCGUUGCAGUACGACACACCAGCCUACUGCCCCACCGCUUUUCCUGUUCUUGCCUUGCUGGUACACAAUAUUCCUGUGGAGCUUCUUGAGCGUUUCCAGCCGAUUGUGAAGCAGCUGACGGAGAUGGCUCUCUCCGCCCCAUUCACUACAGAAAUGACGAGCGUAGCUGCGAAGGUGUGCGACGUUUAUCCGGAGCUACAGCCAAGGUGUCAAACCGCACUUUUGCAGCGCAUUGCCGAGGUUCUUACCGAAAGUGCUGCCCCGUGUGGCUCUCAGGCAGGUGAGGCGGCUGCAAAGCGCGGUGGUAGGCGAACAAGUGCAGACAUGUUGCUGAAGGGCUGUGACGACACAACCACGCAACUUGCCACAAGUUUUUUUAACUUGGAGAAAAAGAUUAUGUGUUUUCGCGUACUGCAAGGGUUUUGCAUGGAGUGGGAAGGGACCGCUUUUUUUUUCAUGGAGGUGUGCAUGCCAUAUAUGUCGCAUCGUCACGCUGCGCUGCGUCGGGAGUGCGUUCUCUCGUGCGUGAACCUGCUUCUCUCCGACUGCUUUCGUGCCCUGCCACAGGAAGCAGGCAGACGAGCAGCCGUGGGUGGACGCAUGCAGCGGACGAUGUGUAAACCGCGAUGCCCGUUUCCGACUGGCACUGACGCAAAUGCGGUGUGUGCCACCAUGCAUGUCGACAAUCCGAUGAUGAACUCACGGAGUUUGGGUGCGGGCCGUGAGUUCAGGUCGACACACACAGGGAAUCAUUUUUUGCGUCAGAGUAGCUUUACCACGGCUGCGUCUGCCGCCAUUACGCCUACUACCACACCUACUACUACUACAACCCCCACGACUGCAACGACACAGACGAAGCGGAUGUCAGAGACAACGAUGGGUAAUUCCAGCAACACUGACACGAACCGCGGCCCGGCGUUGCCACCCGAGGCGCUGUUGAUGGAGAACAAGGUGGCUUCCACCUGUGACAGACAUACAGGUCGAUCACACAUCAACACCUUGCGUGAGGUCUUGCAUCGGCUCGUGGAGGUUGCCGUAUGCGAUCCAGAGGAGUCCAUCCGCCAUGUGGCACUCAAGAAUCUCACACCUGAGACGGACCAAUUUAUCUGCACACACGUCGAAGUGGUGGACCUUUUGUUUUCCGUCUUCAAUGACGAAUAUUUGCCUAACCGGGUGGAGGUGGUUCGCAUUCUACGCCGCGUUUCAAUGCACUCAUUCUCGGGCAUUUACCCACGGCUUCGGAAACUGUUUUUGCAGAUGUUGCACGACUUCCAGGAGCGCACAUUUCUCUCCUCUCAACGCGAGAGGGUGACGUCUACGACGGUGAAGAUUGAUGCAGAACAACUGCAACUGUUUUUUGAGUUGGUACAGGCGGUCCCAUACUCCAUUCCGCUUCACUUGGAUCGUCUCCUACAGCUACUGCAGCAUAUACUGCUGCCAUGCCACGCAGCGGAGCGGGGUACAGUGAUUAUCGCCCUUCACAUGUUCUCGUACCUGAUGGAUGAAAGUGCACGUGAGGAGGGGGAUAAAUUUGAGCCGCUACUGGAGCUUCUUUCAGAGCAGUUGCUGCUUCGUGACGGGGAUGCGGACCGCCUGCAUGCGGCCAUUGGAGCUCUGCAAAGGCUUGUUCAGUACCUUGUCGUUGCAAAGCCCUUUUAUGACACAAACGGGUUACAGAUACUUGUUGUCAAUUUACAGUCAUUGUUGUGCCAGAAACCAUCUAUUGGUUCCGAACUAUCUCUUUCGGUGCUGAAACUGCUUGGCACCAUCAGCUCCAUUGAGCCCUAUCAUCAACAGGAAGAGGCCCGCGACACGAAGCUGUUUAUUGGGCACCCAGAAUACAGUCACAGGCUACCAUUUUUGUAUCGGAUUGAUGUGGAGACGUUUUUGCUAGAAAAAGAAUUCGGUGGCCGACUAGGAAUAUAUUUUACGGAGCAAAUAUGGCCAGAUAUUAUUCUGCGUGUACUCCUCCGUACCUUUUUUGAAGCCCUCGAUGGUGUGCUUACCUUUACCAGUGAGGAGAUAGGGGCCUGCCUACGGGCAACCGUGGCCAUCCUGCGUGAGGCAGGGACGUUGCAGAGUCUGGAUCAUUACAUGCUGUCACUGUUGAGUGUGCUUACUCGGCUGUUUUCCCGGGAUGGGGUAGACUCCCCACUGCGCGUGUCAACCAUGGAAAAUCUUGCGGAGCUGGUGCAACAUUCUGGUCGCACCAUUGCACCCAUGUAUGCCCUCUUGGUGGCCUUUCUCGAACAGCACUGGGUCUCCUCGUGGCACGCGCUGCCAAGCUGCUGCAAGCUACUCAUGGCACUCUGCAAUACCGUUCCGGAUUUGGCACAUGAGCACUGCGAAAGGUUUCUUUCACUGCUGCUAGGUGAAUUAAUGCGGCUGGUUGGGGAGAUGUCUCCGGCGUCAAGAGCCGCCAACCCGCAGCAGCAGCGGGGCGAGGUCUCCACCAUCACCCGUGUCUCUGCGACGAGGAUGCACACCUCUCCCAGCGUGAUACGUGAGGUUCUGAAGGCGAUUCACUCUCUUCUUCACAUUGCAGACCAGUCUGCCACACAGUCUGCCUGCCUGGCACUUGCGCAGCUCUUACCAAAUCCCUCAAGCACAUCAGGCCCACUGGAGCUCACGAGUGGGUGCGGUGUACAGUUCUCUCCCUCCUCUUCUUCCUCCACCACUGGUGCCACAUUUUUUGAUACCGAAGUGAGUCACGUCAUUGCACAGUUUUUGGUGGAAUUUUUGGACGACUGUGACGUGGCAACCAAGGCGACGGCGGUUUUGGAGAGCGUCUUGCUGCAGCUUUGGCAUUAUGCACGGACCCACAAGGCAAUGCUACAAAUUGUUGCUGGGACGCAGCAGAAGGAACUACCACAGGCGAGUCAACACGCUCAACGACAGGAAAAGGAUUGGCAUUGGCUGCGACAAAGCUCAGGCUCGCGGCAGCACGCCCGAAAGGUUUCAGUUACGUCUGCCAUGACACGCAUGUCAUUAGAAUAUGAGCUACGACGAAGACGCGGGGACCAGACGAUGUGGUUUAACUGUUCUUCCUUGGCACGUCUGUUGAUUACGCCGAAGGCCACAAACAAGGAAGCCGUGGAUAAGUGCUCCUAUUCGUUUCCCUUUCGGGAUACACUUACGUCAUGGGAGUCGCCGGUUGAACUGGAACUCCUGGCAUGUGUGUUGGUUGUGGCUGGUCGAUGCCAUCUGCCCGCCGUCUCCUACGAACUCAUGAUUGGUGAAUACCUGCAGCAGCGAUUUGACACGGGCAGUCCAGUGAUGAAGUUUUUUCAUGCCGCCACAGCCCCACAAUAUCAUCUCUCCCUUUUGCCGUUGGGAGCCCAGAAACCUCAGGCCGCACCAGCGCCACCGCGACCGCCGCCUCCGCUACUGCCAGAAGUGCGGUUAGACAAGGAACAUGAGCGGGGCAGGCGGCCUGUGCCUCUUUCUUCAAGCCGCGGGAGUGCCGAUGAUCCGAUUCCAGAGGCGACGUUGCCGAGAACGCUCCUGGAGUGUGGCAGCUGCUCUUCCCCCCUGCCGCUGAAGGAUCUGCCACCACACUCCACGCCUAUUCCAAUCCGUGCGCAAAAGCCACCGUUAAAGAGCUCGCGCUCCUCCUCUGUAUCCUCAGCUCCGGUUGUGUCGUCAUCGUUGGCAACGCCGUUAAUGUCGGGUGUGGAGAGUGCGACACGCAUGUUGUUAUCCAGAAAAAUGACACCGGAGUCGGGACACGGCAGUGGGUGCGGGGUCGCCUCCUCGCUUGGGUGUGGCGUCAGCGGUUUUCCAUACCCCGUCUCCGCCGUCGUUCCGGUGGUUUCGGUUAUUCCUGUUUCCGGCACUGGCGGGAUCCACAGGCAGUGGGGGCGGCAGCGUCAGCUUGACAAUUUUUCUAGCGGAAGCAACAGCAUCGCGAGCCAUAACAUGACGGGGGCAUUUUGUGCAGGGGACGAACGUCCUUUGGCCAUUGGAGGGGAUGAGAAAAGCAAGGAGCAGGGGACUACUACGGCGGAUGAUAGCGAUAACGAUGAGGAUGACAACGAUGAGGGAAGUUAUGUGACGGAGGAGCAGCGCUUUUUUAUGCAGCAUGAGAAUCUCUCCAGCAGCGAGUGGCGACCGUGGUUUGAGCUCUUCUGCACAAUGCUUGUGGAAAGUAGUGAUCAUAUGUGUGUGAGUAUUUGUUCCACACUUGUGCGACGACACUUUACAAUUUUUGCUUCAGAUUUGAUGCCCAUCGCCUUCCUCUCGCACCUCACAAAGUACGACGAAAGGGGCGUGCUCCGGUGGAUGCGACUUAUAUGUGACUUUGUGCGUUUGCACGACAAGUUGCCACAGAACAUUGCCGCCGAGUUGGCACGUUUGGCACACCAUAUUCGUCUCUACAGCCCCUCGCUUUUUUCCAUGCCUCUUGCACGGACCAUUAAACAGAAGUACAUCACAUUGGAUCUUGUGUCUGUGCUUGCCGAGCGUGCACUCAAUUCUCCACUUUUGUUGUUGUGCACCCUGCAGCAAAUUUCUGACAGUUUCUCCUGGGAGGCGUUGGCGCGUUUGAUGCUGGCGCUGGGGGAUGUUAGAUACGAAAAUGCUCCACGAUUGUUCUCACGAAAUCCGCUUGUUCGUCGAGCAGCGCAUCAGUUGGUGCAGGCCAGAAGACAUAAGUGUCAGGCAGACAUUAGCCACUGUGGUGACACGCCCGUCAUGGAGAAUUAUGAUUUCAUUACAGAUACGUUACCGUGGGAAACACAGCAGGGUACCCACAGUGAGAUGAAUGCGUUUUCUGUUGCAGCUGUUGGUUUUGCGUCGGGUAUGGAAAGGAAUGCGGAGGAAUGUAUGCCUCCCGCCAUCUAUCUUGAGUUGGGGUGGUUUGAAGUGGCACUACGUCAGUACCUGCGUUCUAUUUGGGCGACUCUGCGAAUGCUUCCUUCUGGUGGAGGCGGCACGACUUUCGUGCAGUUACCGCGGCCGAAGCUGUCUUUAAAUGACGUGGUUGGUGCGAUGCGUUGUUACAUGCGGGUGUAUGACUUUGAGAGUAUUAUAAAGAUGUGGCAAAAUAUUAAAUAUGUCCCAUUUUCCGACGAAGAGGGGUGUACUUCAACGCAGACGGAAGCGGAGCAGCGGCAGCAGCAAGCGCUGCAGCGCAUACUGCUAGUAACUUCAUGGGCGCCCACCGCGGGAGGGUCCAUCUCUUCUUACAUUACAAGGUACGUUGUGUCUGCCGCGCAGGCUCUCUCUCGCUGGGACCUUGUGGACGAGAUUGACUACCAUCGCUUUCUGGCCGAUACGCGGGACGAGCGCGACCGAUGCUCUCGCAGUUAUGGAUGCCCACCAUUUUACAAGCAGACGGAGCUAUUCCGUGCCGCUGCUCUUACCGCGGCAAAGGAUUACGAACAGGCAAAAGGCAUACUCAGUGACCUUCGGACGGCUUUACGAGACUCAUACGCUGUCUUUCAUACGGAGAACGCUCGACUGAGGGUUGAGCUGAACAUCAUGUUUCAGCAGAUCUCUGAUCUGGAGGAGGGUAUAGACGCGGUUGAACUGAAAACGACACUUGGGGACGCCACAGGCAAAGUCGUAGGCCCGGCUCCUUCUAUGCCUACUCACGCAGGAACAACCAACCCUACGACGACGGCGACGACGGCAAACCUGACCACUGCUACUGGAUGUGUUGGUGCUAGUGCUGCCUCUAGUGCCGGCGGUGAUGGGACUGCUGACAACCGGAGGGAUAAUUUUCCCCCCACUGCGGCUGGCAGUGGCGGCGGUGGAGGAAGUGAGGGUGUGGAGCCGCAGCAGAGUAGGUGGCGUGGAAAAGUUGCCUAUACCGAGGCAAUCUUGCGGCGUUUGAAGAAUAUCGCUGGACGGCCUCUUCCUGCCCACAGUACUGUGCUGCAGCGUUUUGAGAUUAUUGCUCUACGGAAUACGCUUGUGUCUCCCGACUGGCAGCUGCGGAACAUUCUGGAGCUUUCUGAGCAUAUUGUGCGGGAAGGUAUGCCUAAGCGGGCUGUGAGCACUCUUAGCCACUUUUAUUCUCUCCCUAUCGAUAACACGAGUCCACUAGAGGAGAAAAACUACCGUGACACUUUAUUGCUGGAGAAGUAUCGUAUUGAGCUGCAACAUUUAUUUCGGACACGGGAUUUGGCCGGUUUGCACAGUGAAAUUACAGAUGAAUUGAUGCUGAUGUGCCACGGCGGGUUCAUGCAUGCACCGAAAUCGAUGCGUGCACUAGGCACCGGUGAGAUAUCAGUCGAUGCCUUUCUGGGAUUGGGAUCUAUAACAGAGAAACAGGCGGAGUUGCUUUUGCUUCAUAUUGAGUGUCAGCGCAAAUUAAAGACGGUGCAUCAUCAAAGACAACACAUUUCACUGGCACCGUCACCCAAGCUUGUGUCACGCCCACAAAUGCGUGGAGUCUCAUUGGGGGAGCUUGGAAUGACGUCGCGGGCAUUCCUCAACUCCGCUUCCUCGCGUGAUACCAACCUGUUUGAUGGGGAGGAGGAUGAGUAUAACCCCGCCUAUGGCCUUCUGCGUGAAUACCGCAUUAUGGAGCACAUUAUUGGCUCCUCCAUCACGUUGGCGUCGGCGUGGCGGGAGUUUGGCCUGCUUUUAUUUGAUGUGUGCAUGGCCAUCUACGCCGAGUGGGACAUGACAAGGGAACCGGAGACGCUUGGCAACUUUUGCGUUCAGUCCGAAAAGGCCAUUAGCGCGCUACAGAAAUCGGUCCAGUUUUGGAGUAGUGCGACCUUUACCUCCAUUUCAGGUAUCGGUCCCUUUACCACGGUCUCCACACAGCGCUCUCGCCACGCGCGCUCCGUACUACCGGCGGUGCACCUUUUGCUGAAGGCGCUUCACCUUGCACUGAAGUUGGAGGAGAUUGGCACGGACGGCGUGGGCAUGGAGGAGAAAAAAAUUAACAUGACAGGCGUCCUUGACAAUGAGAUCGCCCGAGCUGCGUCCGUGUCGGCGGUACCGGAGCGAGGUGAGACAUGGGACCGCGGCACAGGCAUUGCUCUCCUUGACUUCUCCCCCGCCAUGUUUCUUCACUGGGGUUAUGUCUUGCCUAUUCUUGUGAACGCCGCAGCGCGGCACUACAAACUCCGUGACGCAGUGCGUGAGAUGUGCGCUCGGUCCCGUAUGAUGCUCUACCAGUGUGUGUUUCAUCUUGCCUCUACCUUUGAGCACCGCCACCUUUCCCUCCUCGCACUGGAGGAGGAUGCCGGCCGUGAGGAGGAGCUUCACUACGACGAGGCGUACCCGUGCAGCGGCCUUUGUUCACUUCCCUCGGCCCCGCCUGCACGAACGGCCGCCACGCCAGCAACAGACCUCACGGAGGAGGUGGAAGUGGAUGAUGCCAUGAGACGAACUACCCCAUGCCGUCUCGGUGUGGCCUCCGCCGAGUCCAAACUCGGUCUGCGGCAACUGCGAAGUUCGGAAGCUGCCGACGAGCUGCUCUCACCGGUAAGGAGCCCCAACAGACGUCAGGGGGAGCGACGGAUGCACUCACCCAGCGACAGCCAGGAACCUCUACAACCCCAGCAGCUGCCUCAGCUCCCAUGUCGGCAUCCUUGUGACAUUCGUUCCUCUCAGCCGCAUCCGCAGCAGGAACGGCAAAGACAACAACAUCAUCAUCAUCAUCAUCAUCAUCAUCAACAACAGCAGCAAUGGCGCUCUGCCAUGCUUUUCAAGCUAGCCGAAAAUGGACCAGAGUACAAGUUGAUUAUUUCGCAAACCUUGCAGCUUUGCGAGUUUGUGCGAAGUGGUAAAGAAAAGUCGCUUGCCUUGGGCGUGUGCGCCUUUCCGAUGCCUACGUGGUUGCUUCGGCAUCACAUGGUGGAGCUUGAUGCAAAAGAGCAGGAGCCACAGAAGGGCCAGUCAUCGACGAUGCGGGGUUUUCCCAACACGACCGACAGUUACACGCAAGUGGAGAGUGAAUUUGGCUCUAGGAAUUACGAUAACACCAAUGCCGCCACUGCAUCUUCUGGCACCACCAUUCAAGGAGGUCACAGUAAAGGGUUACUGCGUGUUCUGCAUGUACGGAGAAAAAUUUGUUGUUUGUCGUCUGAACACAGGCGUGAGGAGGUCUUUCUGUUUUUUCUUUCAGAUGGGUCGGGGAUGCGUUUUCACGGCAUUGAAAUGGCGGAGGACACGGCCGCGUCAGCCGUUUCGGGCUCAUCCUUCCAUGCAGAGUGUUGUGAAACUCACCCAAGGAGAAUGGAUACUAAUGCUAGUGCUACUUCUACUGCCGCUACCGCCAGCACGGCGACGUGUGGUGGUAAAACGUCCCCUAUAGAGUUGGUAGAUCACACUGCCUUUAUUCGCCCAUUGGCCGCGAUGGAAAGUGCCGUGUAUUGUCUUUGUGGAAGUCUUCCCAUGCGAUACGUUCGGACUCCGCUUGUGCUACCUGUUGGCAUUCAGGAGUUCAUCACACAGUUACCCGACCGUGUUGCCUCUUUCUCCCGUUGGCAGGUGACACUACCGCCAUCGCUGCAGUAUAGCUGCAACAGCUCCAUGUUGCAGCAACCGUCAUCGCUCUUCCAUAUUAUAUCCGAGUACAAUGUCCGGUGCCAGGACAGGAGCUCAAUUCCAUCAGAAGGGCGUUAUGAGCAUCACCAUCAACGACAACCAGAACGCGAACAUGAGGAGAAAUCUGCGUGCAAAGGCAUUCACAGUGAUGACACACCCACGUUGUCAGUACAAGAAGGCGGGAUGCGGGAUAGUGUUGGGGCGGGAUCUGCCUCACGAUUGCGUCGAAAUCGACGCGAACUUCUCACACGCUACGAACGUCUUGUGGAGCUUGCGUUUGAUCAGGGCAGGCCUUGGCCGUUGUUUAGUUUUAUACGCCGCGUUUUGACCUCGAAAAAGCUCUCCGAGGAGGAAUAUCCUCGACCUGCCUCCCAGUUGGUGACUCUGCUGGAGGGUGUGAGAGAGGCGUUGCAGCAGCACCUGCGCGAGAUGGAGGAGACUUCCAAAGGGUCAGGGAAAGGGAAGCGGGGGGCGUUUCAGUUUUUUGCUCUUAAUGCGGGGGCUGACGAUCAUCACUUGGGCGACGGACGCAGCUUAGCCACCGUGUCCACAUGUACAAAGGGAUGGAAGACGAUGCAGCUUUGCGCGGCGCCGCUAACUAAACUACGACUGGCUCUUCUUAGGGCAGAAGCGCCUCGGCACGCCCAAUUGCUAAGUCUUUCCUUUCAGGCGAUGUCAAUCGAUGCUGCACAGUGGUUAGAUGCCGUACACGUAUACACCAGGGACCUGGCGGAGUGGAGCAUACUACAGUACCUGUUUGAUGCGACACAUCGCGAGAGCACCACGUUUUUUGUUGAUCUCCUCUCUGGGCAUGUGGCGUCGCUUCAUCUUGGCGCUCAUGCCCUUCAGCCGUUGCCACGGAGUUUGGUGACACAACCGCCUUCCAGUGUUUCCACAGGAGGAGGGGGUAACUUGAUAGGGGACAAAGUGGAGGUGGCUGCGCCGAAUCAAUCACCUUUCCCAUGCACAGAUCCGACCAUUUUUCGUCUCACGGGAUGCCUUGUGGCAUCACUACCGUUAAAAUGCCCUUACAAUGCCUUUCUUAGUGGAGCCACCCAGUGUCUUUACGCCACGCUGCGCUAUAGUCGUGAUCUUGCAGGUAUUGCAAAGUUUGGCUUUCAAGACAUGAAAUGCUUUGCGUGGCGGGGUGCGUUGCUGCAGCAGCCCCCGCCGGCUGAAGGCUCGGACAUGAAUGCAACUCUACGGAGUGGCAGUGUGACAGUGUUUCCAGAGGUAUCCGGCGGGGAAGGUGGCCGAUGUAUGGUUUCAGUCGCAGCGCUGCAUCCUGCUGAUGCUUCCAUGAGUGCAUCUAUCAUGGUGACCUCGCUGGGCGAAGAGCAAAAAAGCCUUCCUGUGGAGGAGGCGACGCCGAUGGCGGCCUCAAAAACCACCAUGAUAGAUCACACUUACGUUGUGCCGGGUCCAGCAAAGACGUCAGAAACGAAGGCCACUCUACUCGGCGGCGAUGUUGUGCAUGACGCGGUAGCAAAGACUGCGCCAUUGGAGUCACAUCGUGAAGAGCGUAAACGCCUGCCUGCUGUGUCAACUAAUGCGUCAGAAGCUCUUGCCCCAGCCACCAUGAUGAAAAAAACGUCAACAACAACGGUAUCUGCGGCGAAAUUUGCGCAAAAAAUGUCCCCCGCAAUGAACACAACGACGUUUUGCACUUGGGGGUCGCGGACAACGGCUCUGCAUCACCUUCCUUCACUACCGCGACUCUUUGAUGCUGCCUCCAUCCUUGUAAAGCUUAUGGAUGAUCGGUUUCCCAUGAUUGCGGAGCCAGCCAGCAUGGAUUUUGCUGGCUUCCAAUUGGGGCGCUCCGAUGAUCUUAUUCAGCUUUACCACGGUGACAGCAGCACAUUGGAUUCAACAACUUUGCUUGCGAACACCGUGGAGGCGUCUACGCCACUGCUGAAAGGGGCAGGUGUGGAUGUGGAGGGGCAGCGCCACGCCGAGGUGGUGGAGACGAUUGAAGGCAGAGUACAACAACUCAUUCGAGCUGCCAUAAACCAGGAGAACCUGUUGGGGACUCCGGCGUACCCGCAUCGCUGGUGUCGUUGGUGCCCUCAGUGGUAA